AUGUCGGUGGUAGUGAAGGUAUUGCUGAUGCAUUUGGCGGUGGCCAACGCCCACGACGAGAUGGGCAACCCAUGCCUGAAUCGGAACAAUUUCUGCUCGAGGUGGGCGGUUGAUGGCUGGUGUCACAGGAACCCAAGGUACAUGCUGAUGUACUGCAAGCUCGCCUGUGGUGAAUGCACGGAGUUUGCCACGAGAACUACUUCCACGCCAGAGAGUGCAACAACCAAAGAAGAUACCAGCAGCCCUGCACCUGCAUCGACAACACCCACGCCGACAACAACCGAUACUGUCACCACUUCAGAAGCAUCGACAUCAAAGGCAGAGUCCUCCACGCGGGCGCCGGAAUCAACCUCAACGCAAGCGCAUACAUCUCCUGAGCCCCCAGAACGAAUCACAACUUCUAAGUUGCAGCUGGAGCCACAGCCCUCGCCGCAAUGUGGAACUUAUUUGGUGGAGGAAGAGGCUGAUCUGGCCGGCAAGAUGCUGAUGAAGUUUGCAGCGACCUCUGCAGAGAUUUGCUGCAGCGUUUGUGACGACACAGCUGGGUGCGCGGGCUUUGCAUUCUUCAGCCAGACGUGCUACCUGAAGUCGAACCUCGAGGGGAGCUACUUCAAAGCCGGCUGUCAAUCUCGAAUCCGCAAGGUCCAGGGCACUUGUGCUGGUUUUGAUGCCCCUAUUGAAGGCCGCGACUUAAGUGGAACACUCCUCAAAUCCAUGUACGCACCAGACUCAACAGUCUGCUGCAACGCAUGUCGAUCUGAGCAAGGAUGCGAAGGUUUCUCAUACUUUCAAUCCUUCUGUUAUCUGAAACACAAUGUCCAUGGCACCUACCCAAAAGCAGGAUGCUCUGUGCAAUUGCGCCCCUCCCGACGUUUAGCAGAGAGUGAUCUCCUAGUCUGA